AGAGGAUACUCGACCAAGCAUGAGGUACGUCAGUUCCACUUCACAUCCUGGCCUGAACACGGGGUGCCCUAUCAUGCCACUGGAUUGUUGGCUUUUAUACGAAGGGUUAAAGCUUCUACGCCACCUGAUGCUGGCCCUGUCGUGGUUCACUGCAGUGCGGGGGCAGGUCGCACCGGCUGCUACAUUGUGCUGGAUGUCAUGUUGGACAUGGCCGAGUGUGAGGGCGUGGUGGAUAUCUACAACUGCGUCAAAACCCUCUGCUCUCGACGUAUCAACAUGAUUCAAACGGAGGAGCAGUAUAUCUUCAUCCAUGAUGCUAUUCUAGAGGCGUGUCUGUGCGGAGAGACGGCCAUCCUGGUGAAUGAGUUUGCUGUCACUUACAAAGAGAUGCUGCGAGUGGAUUCUCAGAGUAAUUCCUCUCAGCUUCGAGAGGAGUUUCAGACGCUGAACUCUGUGACUCCCCACGUGGAUGUGGAGGAGUGCAGCAUUGCUCUCUUACCCAGAAACCGAGAGAAGAACCGCAGCAUGGAUGUCCUCCCGCCCGAUCGCGCCCUUGCGUUCCUGGUCACGACAGAAGGGGAGAGUAACAAUUACAUCAACGCUGCUCUCGCUGACAGCUUCCACCGGCAGGCUGCUUUCAUUGUGACCCCUCACCCUCUGCCGGGCACCACGGCCGAUUUUUGGCGGCUGGUUUUUGACUACGGCUGCACGGCAGUGGUCAUGCUCAACCAGCUAAAUCAGUCAAACUCUGCCUGGCCAUGUGUCCAGUACUGGCCGGAGCCUGGUUUACAGCAGUACGGGCCAAUGGAAGUGGAGUUCCUGUCUAUGUCAGCGGACGAGGACGUCAUAACUCGUCUAUUUCGAGUGAAGAACGUCACGAGGCUCCAAGAGGGCCAGCUGGUGAUGUGUCAGUUCCAGUUUCUGCGCUGGUCGGCAUAUCGCGACGUUCCAGACUCCAAGAAGGCUUUCCUCAACCUGCUGGCUCAAGUGCACAAGUGGCAAAGGGAGUGUGGAGAAGGACGCACAGUUGUGCACUGCCUCAAUGGUGGUGGCCGUAGUGGGACCUUCUGUGCCUGCAACAUCCUCAUCGAGAUGAUCCAGUAUCAGAACAUGGUAGACGUAUUCUAUGCUGUCAAAACUCUACGCAACUGCAAACCCAACAUGGUCGAGUCUCUGGACCAGUAUCGAUUUUGCUAUGACUUGUCCUUGAGUACUUGGACUGCUUUGAAGGCAGAUAGCAACUAA